GUUUCGGCGCGCAUUUGACAAGCCAGUAGAACAGUUCCACUGAGCACAUUGAGCGCAGUGUUCAGCUCGUCCUCGCCGGCAGACUCCACCACAAAUUGUCCGCCAAAGAAGGAGGCUGUCCCAGGCCUCCGAGUCGGACACGCUCCCCACUGAAACCUCCCGGCAGCGGCGCUCGGUGAAGUGCGCGCCGACCGGCCUAUACUAGGCCACAUCGUGGGAAGAAGAAAAAAAGCAGAAGGGUGGAGUAAUGAGAGUUAUAAACCCAUAAAGAAGGUGACAGGAAGACAAGUCUGAAGCCAAGCAAGCAUGCUGGAGGAAGACUCGGAUGCAGCAGACACAGCUCUAGUGGGGGACGGUAAUGCCGGGAUGGAGAGCGGAGACCUGAGGGCGGAGGUGGUGCGCCUUACUCUCGAGCUCCAGGAGGCCACAGAGGAGAAGCUACAGGCCGCCCGCUACGGCCUUGUGGUCUUGGAGGAGAGUUCGGCUCUCAAGAUCAGAAAUCAGCAAUUGGAAGAGGAACAUGAAGCCCUCAAAGCAGAGCUGCAGCAGCUCAAAGAGGCCUUUGCAGAUUCCGUAAGUAGCCAAAAGCGUGCAGCCGCUGACGGAGAAUGCCGGGAGGAGAACCUCCUGCAGGAGACUGCAUCUAAGGAGGCUGCCAUGGCAACCCGCUUGGAAGAAGUCCAGGGAGAACUAAAGCAAGCUCGACUUGCUUUAGGCAACGCCCACGCUGAGAUUGACAGGCUUGGGGUUGUCUCAGUUCAGCUCAAAAAGGACUGUGAGUGUCUGGAGGCAGAGAAAGGGCAUCUGAGGGAUGAGAUGAAGGAGUUUAAAGUACGUGAGCUGCGUCAGUUGCAAGACAAUAGUGAGCUGGAAGAAGAGAACACAUCUCUUCAAAAACAAGUGUCGGUGCUCAAGGAAAAUCAGGUGGAGUUUGAAUCACUAAAACAUGAACUGAACCAAAAGAAUGAGGAGCAGGAGGAGCUGCGAGCUCAAAUGGAGGAGGCCGCGAGGCUGCGGGAGAUUGCAGAGCACCAGUUGGAUGAGGUCUUGGAGUCCUUGAAAGAGGAGAGGGAGCAGAAAAACAGUCUCCGUCGGGAACUUUCUGCCUUGACCCUGAACCCCUUUGACUCUGUGGGCAACCUGGAACUUCACUUGGACCAGUUGGAUGACGGACAAGAAGUAAGCCGGACGGGAGAGGGUGAGGUUCAGGGAAAUGACCUAGACAGCGGCAUUAAAAGCAACAUCGAUCCGACUCACCCUGCUCAUGGGGGCUCCAAAAGUAAUGGCGUCGUGCAACGUUACUCCACUCCACGCAACAGUGACAUAUUCCUGCGUGCUCCAGCUUCUGGGCUUGUGUCUGACCUCUUGAGUGAGCUCCACUUUUCAGAUAGCCAAAAACUUAAGCAGCAACUCCUACAGGCUGAAAGAGAAAAGUCAAGUCUUAUCAGCAAGGUGGAGGAACUGCAGAUGCAGUUGGUGAUGUCCAAGCAAGCACUGAGUCAGCACGAGGACAAAGUUGGAUCUCUCACGCAACAGCUGGAGGCUGUGCAGAGCAGCCAACAGCAAAACCACGAGGCAGAUGACGAUGAGGCCAAGAAUGCAGACGGCGCUGAUGUCGUCUUUGACUAUGAGGUUGACACAAAGAGUAAAGAAGUGCUGGAGGCACGUAUGCGCGCAGCUAGCGAAGAGCUUCUGAAGCUGCGCGAUGAACUGUCUCAGGCAGGUACUCGCUAUAACACCCUCGAGCAAAGAUACAAACAGGAGAAGGAUCGAUGGCGAUCGGAGGCCCAGGAAUUGGCUGACAAGAUCCGCCAAUGCAUCAAGUCCAGCAGGCAGGACCAGGAGCGAAUCAGUGAAUUGGAAAUUGAGAUCGGAGCCACGCGCAAAGUGGCCAGCGAUUCUGAAGGGCAUCUGAGUGUGGCUCAAGAAGAGCUGCUGGCCUUUUCUGAGGAACUGUCCAACCUCUACCACCACAUCUGUGUUUGCAACAACCUGACACCCAAACGGGUCACCUUAGACUAUUACCGUGAAAGCGGCAGAGUGCACGGCGGAGCUGGUGCUAGAAGGCCACUCCACAUCUCCACCCCGCCUAACUCCCAGAAGAAGCCACGAGCCAGUGACACAUUCAUCUCCAAAGCUGCGGCUUUGCAGUUCAUGGGGGAGGUGGACAGUGCAGGAGCCUCUGUAGAAUCUCCUAGUUGCCCUGGAUCCCCCAACCUGGAUUUCAGGGACCCAUCCAAUGUCCGCAACUUGGUUGCGGUUAUCAGAUGCCAGAUCAAACACCUCCGGGUGGCAGUGGAUCUCUGUCGUCAGCGGGGUGCUAUGCCUUACUCGGGCCUAAGUAGCAGUAUGGAGAUGGAGCGGGAUGCGGAAAGUCUGCUGGAAGAAGUUCUAAAGCUUAAGUCGCUCCUUAGCACUAAGAGAGAACAGAUUGCCACUCUCAGAACUGUCCUCAAGGCAAACAAACAAACUGCUGAGUUGGCUUUGUCCAAUUUAAAAACCAAGUAUGAAACCGAGAAGGGCAUGGUGUCAGAAACUAUGAUGAAACUACGAAAUGAACUCAAAGCACUGAAAGAAGAUGCUGCCACCUUCUCUUCACUCCGGGUUAUGUUUGCAAGUCGGUGCGACCAGUACGUCACCCAACUGGAUGAAAUGCAGAGACAGCUGGCAGCCGCUGAGGAUGAGAAGAAGACGCUUAACUCCCUGCUGCGCAUGGCCAUCCAGCAGAAAUUGGCUCUUACGCAGCGCUUGGAGGAUCUGGAGACCCCGUUGUCUCCUCACAGCUUGAACAGCAGCCCUCGCCGCUCCAGAGCCAAGGAGCUGGCCACCAAGUCGGGACGAGCAGGACGGAGCCCCAGAAACAGCCCGGCGCGCCCCACCGUGAGGAGCAGCCCGCGAGCCAGUCCAGUUCUGGGAAGCAGUGUUCCCGCUAUGGCCACCCACCACCUACGAGCACUCACUCGAAGCCUCCACACGAGCCCCCGCUGAACCACUCCAUUACUCCAAACCCUGUCUUCUCCACAAGGAGGCGCCGUCUUCAUGUUGAUUCCCUGGUUCCCUCCUCCCUGACUCCAGACAUCGUGUUCAUCCCAGGUGUUCUUCCACAAAGAUGGCUUUUUAAAUAUGGCUCUCAUCCCACUUGCUUGCAUGCAGCCUGCAGAUGGAUGAAGAGAACUAUGUGCUGCUUAUUAUUGUUACUACGUGAAGUCAUUGACUGUGCCGUGGUUCCAACGUCCAUUUUGUCUUGUUCCUUACGGCUGUGUGUCGUGAGUUACCAUCGUCAGUAUUUAUCCUAUUUGAUCUUGUGUUUACUGUCCCUCCAUUCAAGCCAAAAUCUCUUGAUGAGACUUUGCAAUCUCUGCAAGCUUGCCUUUAGCUCAUUCUUGUGACACACCCAACCCCUCUGGCCUGGUUCAUGUGUUUUACGCAACAUUGCAGCCUUAUUUUGCCCUGGGUCUUCUUCAUUGUUCUAUUGUUACUAGUCACGUUCUUGAAAAUGUGCUUGGUCACAGGAAUGUGGCCUACGAACCUUUUAACUAGUUGUCAGCAAAAUCAAAUUUCUUGAAUAGUGAGCCAUAACUUCUCGUCCUCAGGUUUAAAAAACAAAACAAAACAAAAACAGCAUUUUUAAUACAUCAAGGACAAUCUUACAUCUUGCUUUGUCUGAUUCCUGAAGGAAUCCUAAAUGAGCGGUUGCUAGGCAAAGCUAGUUGAGAAUACUCUUGAAGUUUUACCCAUGUAACCGGUGUGUCAGCGCCGCCCUGCGUUCCGCUCCCACCUCUGACCAGGCCGGGACGCGAACCUGCGCGCCACGACGCUUCCACUCGGCAGGCAAGGACGGUAACCACUGUGCCAAUAAAGCUCGAGCCAACGGCACAGCCGCUAGCGUCCUUACAUGAAGGAAUCGGCAGGGAGGUUUCCACGCUCCACAUGGACUUGCGUGUACCCGUUACACUCACCCCCCCCGAAACCUUCGCUGCCGAUCCGGGUCACGGCACCAAUGUAACCGGUGUGUCAGCGCCGCCCCGCGUUCCGCUCCCACCAGGCCGGGACGCGAACCUGCGCGCCACGACGCUUCCACUCGGCAGGCAAGCACGGUAACCACUGCGCCAAUAAAGCUCGAGCCAACGGCAAGCCGCUAGCGUUCUUACAUGAAGGAAUCGGCAGGGAGGUUUCCACGCUCCACAUGGACUUGCGUGUACCCGUUACACCCACAAGUAGUAUUUUUUUCCCCAAAGUUCUACAAAAUUUGUCAAGAGCAAGCUCCCACUUUGUGGACUAAAUUUACUCAUAGCAAAUGUUGCUAUUUUCUGUUUUCAACAGUCACAUUUGCCUUUACAUCUUUGAGCAUCCAAACUAGAGCUAAAGAUGUGUCAGUCCUCUAUUUACUGUAUUUCCCAUCCAUUAAAAUUGUGUCAAGCUCUCUGUACAUUUUACAGCUAGACAGGAUGUGUUAGAUAUUUAAUUCAAUCACCGACACACACAAAAAAAACAACCAAAACAUUUCAAUAUCUAUAACUACAGUCCUUCCUAAUGGCAAUUGCCAUUUCACAUACUGUAUGCGAAAUGCCAUUUAGCCUUGCACAAACGACGUCACUUUUGCCAUUCAUGUCCAAGUGUUUAACAAUGAUUUUCAGAUGUUACGGCCCAAACCAGUAACAGAAUCAUGUCAAUAUAUGAAAAAAUCAGAACGGUGUAAUCUGUCAUGUAAGUUAUUGUGAUUUAUAGUAUAGUAGUAUGAUUAAACUUCAGUUGAUCUAGUUUAACCAAAAGCAGCCUAAGAAGUGCGUCAAUCAAACUAAUAGUCAUUUUCUGGCAUCAAUCUCUUGCCAAGAAUUAGUUCUCCUUAAAGACUUUGGCGAGACCGUCACUUGUGUAUUUGGUUUGGUUUAAUCAGUAUACCAUUCCAGAUAAACAUUAAUGGGGUAACCUCUUUUGGUGAUUGAAUAAUCCAUUCUCAAACUUGUUGAAAUCUACAACUACAGUCCUAAUAGCUUGAGUUAUCAAAUUGAUGAUGCAUCUAAUAUAGUUUGUGGCUGACAGUUUAGUUGAAGAUCUUCAAGUCACCAGUGGAUUUCUUCAACUGAAUUGUAAAUAUUUGUGACGAGAAACCCCACCCACACACAUGAAUGGCAAAAAUGACCAUUUGUCUUGGAUUUUGCUGAUAUCUGUAAUUUAAGUUUUAAAAAGGCAAUAAUGAAUUACUUUACAAAUAUCCUAAAUAAAAAAAUCCAUUCAAAACUAGUUACACCUAGUUAGAAAGACUUUGUAAUGAUAAUGUUAAUUAUAAAUAUUGUUAACCUUUUAACUGUUUGUUCUGACCUUCAAUACCUUACUUUGUCCAAUAGUUAAUACAAACACAUGUUGUUUUGUUGGCACCAGCUCCAAGAGCUGAAUAGUUACAACACUGAUAAAUGAUAAUUUAAUGCAGUGAAACACCAGAGGAAGAAGUACAAAAAAGUUACAACAGCAGAUCGAUGACAUCACAUUUCUCCACCUGGAAUGAUUUUGGAAUGAGUCUUAAACUAAAUCUAAAUGCUUAGUCUCCAGUUGAUCGGAGAGGCCACCUUUGGUUUCAAAUAGUAUUUUUGUGCCUUUUGUUUUCAGCCCGUUUGCUGUUUUAGACUACUUUUUGUUUGAUUUUAGCAUGUCACUGGAGCGUACUCAUCAUUUUUGUCAUUUUCGCCUUUUAAUGAUGUGUUAAAUGAAUACCAUUUAAGUGGUGUGAGGCAUCAUUUUUUAAACCACUGUACUGCUACCAUUGUUGAAAUAGGGCUAAAAAAUUGAUAGAAUAAUCACAUUAAUAUUCUGCGAACAUUUUGCUGAUAUUGACUAAAUUUGAUAGAAGAUAAGAAUUUGUGCUAUCCAAGAGUAUAUUGGUGCCACAGCUGGGGAAAGCUGCUCAAUAUCACAUUAAAAUGUGAAUUGUGCUAAUUUAUUACAUUUUGAAAUGUAAUCAUGUAACUAAAAAAAAAAGUGUAAAAAUUCAUAAUAUUAUGAAGUGAUUUUUUUUUCCCCGUUUCGUUUCGUUCGUCAUUUCGUUAAAAUCUGAACCUUCACAUUAAAAUGUGAUAUUUGUCAUGUUUCAUCAUAAUUUGUAUAAGGUUAUAAUGCAAUUAUUUUCCCUACUAUGGCAGCAAUGCGCUUUCGAACUAUUGCUUUUGCAGCACCAACACAAAAUUGCAGUGCACCACUUAAAUUGUCAUGACAAAUGAUUACUGACACACAUGAAGCUGGAGUGUUUUUUAUUGUUUCAAUUGCAGAUUUAGAGUAGCAUCUUUAAAUGCUAAUCUACACUGAACCCGCCCUCUCGUUGUCCCCCUCCUGAUAAUGACGCUGUGAGCAUCCGCACUGGAUACAGUGGAAUUGAAUAUUUUCACUUUUCACCACCACUUAGCUUUGGGUGUAUUUUGGCAAACUAGACUUGACUUUACUGAAGGAUCUGUAUUUAUUGUAUUUAGAAAUCAAAUAUCAUAAUUGCACUAGAUUAAAAGCAAGGGAAGCAUUUCAGGUAUAAAGUUAUUGCUUCCAGGAGGGGCUUAAUUGUAUCAAUCUGUGCAAUUUGUAGCUAAAAAGUGAAAAUAUUUAAAGAGAAUGUAAUUACUUGGGGAGGUCAUUUGUGGAUUUCUUAAUCCACUGAAUUCAAACUGUAAUUUAAAUUUGUGAAACUGUAUUUAUGUGGUAUGCUGUCUGUAUAAAUUGCUCCAUUACAUGUGAACACACUGCUGCCCAAGUUUAUAUUUGUAUGCCAGUUUCUUUCAUUCUCCUGAAAACUACAAUAAACCACACCAACAGUGUA